AUGAGGCCGCUGCGGGGCUGCCGCGCCGCGCUCGUGGGCACCGUGGCGCUCUGCCUGGCGGCCGGCUGCGCCCUGCAGGCCCCCAAAGGAGUGUCCUUGCUUGUCCCGCAGCCCAACAUCAACGCAACGGUGGCACAAAACAUCCUCCUCUCGGUCGACUACUCCUGCAGAGGAGUCGCCACCAUUGAGUGGAAGCAUGUGUCCAGCCGGGGCACCACCAAAAUUGCCGAGUGGAAAAGUGGGAAUUAUGUUAACAUAUCCACAGGCUACAAGGACAGAGUGACUAUUUUUGAAAAUGGCUCUAUACAGCUUCUGAACGUGGGCGUGAGAGAUGCUGGCUACUAUUUUGUCACUGUGACAGAGGAGCAUGGAACCAACAUAUACGGGACCAUCGUACUCAAUGUUUAUGAGAUUAUAUAUGAAGAUUUACAUUUUGUAGCAGUUUUCUUUGCAUUUCUCACUGGCGUAUCUGCCAUUUUGAUCUGCUUCAUGUGGCUGUGUAACAAAUCCCUGCAUCUCUUCCAGAAGAAGACACACAAACUAACAGCAAGUAACACUGAAGAGAUUGAACUGGAAACCAUUGAGUGUUAGCCAAGAACCUUUUCAUAACAAAAAUAACAAUUCUACCUCAGGAGAAAAUAUUGGCAAGGAAAGCGGGAAGAAAGCUAAAAGAAGUCCUUCAUUUGACUGUAAAGAACUGAUCUCGUUUUUAUCGAAUGCCUGGGGUCCUGCUA